UUGGCCACAUAACAAGAAGCAAACUUCGGUACUCCAAAACUGCUACGAACUAAGAAGAGAGAAAUCUACUCUGCCAACAAGCCUACAAAUCCUGAGAGGCGACACCGUUUGUUGAAAACUCCACCACCAUGCGCUUCUGUAAUCUCUGAAACGGUUCAUAGUCAUGAGCACUCUCCAAAUCUCCGCCCAUUUCCCCGCAACGCGCGGACGGAUCCCCCUCACCAAGAAAACCAGCCGUUACGGCGCCCAGUUUUUGCCUUUCCUCGCUAGAACAACGAGGGGAUGCGUCUUCGUCGACACCCACCAUGGAAACUGGAGUUUCUCCAGAGGAAGAUGGUCUCCGUUUCACGACGGUAGGUUGCCGAAGAGAACGGGGCUUAUAGUGGUGAGGGUUAACCGGGGUUUUGGGUUUAAUGGUGGUGGUGGUGGCGGUGGUAAUGAGAACACCAGAAUUGUGGGAAAUCUCAUUUUAGCCAUUGCGUUGACAUAUCUCACCAUGACAGGCCAGCUUGGUUGGUUAUUGGAUGCGAUUGUUUCGUUAUGGAUUGUUGUGGUUCUUCUGCCAGUUGUCGGAAUAGGUGCUUUCUUGUGGUUUGCUGGACGAGACAUACUUCAAGGCAGUUGCCCCAACUGUGGAAAUGAUCUCCAGAUAUUUAAGUCAUCUUUGAAGGAUGGGCCUCAACUAUGCCCAUACUGUAGCCAACCUUUUUCAGUGCAGGACGACCAAUUUGUUAGAGAAACUGUGAAAUUCUCAAACGAUAGCCGGCCUAGAGACUUUGGACAAGUUUUUAAUGGGUUUCGAUCUCGGGGAUCAUCUGAGAAAGUUUCUUCUGGGAAAACCUCCUCAUCAGGAACAGUUGUGGACAUAGAGGCUGAAAUAAAGGAUGUGGACUGAUUCUUCCUACUGUUCAGUCAGUGAAAGGAAACAAGCCCUCCUUUGAGCCCUGCUGUAUCCUUUCUGUUUUGAAGAGUGGCUGGACUGGACAAAAGACAUAACUAGCAAUCUGGAGGCUCAAUGUAAAGAUAAACGAUCUCUCUCUCUCUCUCCCCAUUUCCAAGGGUACUACUGUUCAGUUAAAUGAUGAAGAAAUGUCUAUCCAUUGACGUUGAAGAGUUUUCUGCUUUAGCAUCUGAAAUGGGCUAUAUAGGUGCAUUUUUAACGCUGCAACAAGGUUUUCUUUUCCUUUCUUUGUGCUGGUUGAGGGCAUUGUCGACGUUCUCGCUGUAAAUCUGCGGCAAUAGAAAAUUAAAUUGGAUGAUCUACUGCUUAUACACAAACUCCAUGGCAAUGAAGGAUAUCUUGAUUUCCUUUGUGACAAUGAAUAAUGAAUUGUUUAGCUUCA